CUCCCACGACUCUCGACAGUUGCCAACAUGUUCAGCCCACAAAAUCGAAUCUUUGUAAUCUCCAACGUACUUCCACCCCUAAAUAUCAGUAUCAGGCUUUUAUGUUGCAUACCACAAACUCUCAUCGACUAAUGAUAUCUCGUCCGACUCGCACGAAAUAAACCAGGAUGAUUCAGAUCCUGGGCGGAUAUCAUAUAUCUCUGCAGAGUGCUCGUGCGCUCAACAAACUCCUCAGCAUCGACGACACCCAGAUUGAAGACCAUUGUAUAUACAAGCCGAUGAACGACUGGCUUGUCGCUAAUGACAAACCUCAAUUCCUCGUUGGAUGCCAUACUUGGCCCGACGUCCCAGGUAGCAGUUUGCGUGUCUUCUUGUUCACCCAAUGCCGUUAUUCGCAUGAAAAUAUGCAAUUGCCGCUAGCCGAGCAUCAUUUGGAUCGCAAGCUUAAGAAGUGGCUAGAAGGCAAUAUUCAUACCGCCGUGGAAUGGGUGACUUUGGAGGAUAGAUAUGGAUUCGCUGCUAUGGGCGACCAACUAGCUAGGAAACCCCAGCUGCGGUUAUCUCCUGGCAAAUCAUAUACAUUAGCCGAAUACCUUGCCCUCCCAGAUUUGCCCGAUAACGAGACGAUUCGUUCUAUGAGAUCAUUACAUCUUCGGCAGGAGGCAGAACGCCAGCGGGAGUCUACAUAGGGGAGAUUCGAGAAACUUCACUCCUACAAAUCACUUCAGACAACUUUUCGCCAGCUACACGUUCCAAGGAUAAAUCACAUCAUGCCCACUUGUACCUGUACCUAUAACUACAAGUCAUUCGUGAUACAUUAAUUGCUACGAGCUACUAGUACAGAUAUUGCUCAAGACUUGGAUCUCGCAUUCUUGGCGAAGCAGACCC